CGUGUGCCGUGAACGCGCCUGUCCAUGCGGUUUGAUUGAAGAAGAAAAAAAAAGCAGAGGACAGGAAAAGACACAGCUGAUGGUGAGAAUAAAAAGAUAUGAAGCGAACAGUGAAGCGCAGAACAGAGACCGGGUCUAUCCUCUCAUCUGAAGCCGGCGCCGGUGCUCCGGGCUCCGGUUCUCCGCUCGGCUCCUGUGCUCUUUGUGAGCUGGUUCACACACAGACCCGGGUUGAAUGAAGAUUAUCCACCGGAGAGAGACUCGUUAGUUUGGACACGUUUUUAUUUCACAUUGGAGCUUUAUUUUUCUAUAUUUUUCUUUUCUGUGGAGGCUCGUGAGGUUUUUUUCCUGCUGGAUUUUAUAAUCUUUUGUCUGGAGAAACUGGGAUCGAUGCUGCGGUGAAGUCACUGACACUGACCGCAUAUCCGCUCUUUAAUUACCACUCAUAUCAGGCUCUAAAUGCUUUAAUCGUAUUCGUAGGACACGAUGAUGGUGGGAUCUUUUACCCCCACAUAACGACACGGUGCAUUUAUAAACCAUUUUAAUAUAUAUUUUUUUAUAUAUUAUUAUUAUAAUUCCCUCUGUGUCUCGCCCAGUUUCUUUUGUGUGGAUUUGGGUUAUUUCAGUCAGUCCCGGUCGGUCUGUCCUGGCACCAUGCCAGAGUGUGUGUCGGUGUCAGAGUUCGUGCAUGAGGUCCAGGAGGACUGGAGCUCCCCCACCACCUCAUCCUUCACCUCCAAGAUGAUGAGCUGCAGGAACACCGUCUCCCUGCUGGAGGAGGCUCUGGACAGUGAUCGGCUGGUGUUGCAGAAGAUGAAGAAAGCUGCUAAAGCCAAAUACACAUCAGGACAAGACCACGUGUCUCACCUGGAGCAGUACAUCAGUUCGAUGGAGAAGCUGUCGGUAAACUGUCACUCAAAUGGAGAGACAGAGGUCGGCUCGGCCUUCUAUCGUUUUGCUGAUUUCUCUAAAGAACUCGUCUCUCCCAUGAAGAACCUGCUGAAGAGCAUGCUCUACAACAUCAACUUCUUCUUGGACUCUCUGGUUAAAGGAGACCUGAGGGAGGUGAAGGGGGAUCUGAAGAAGCCUUUUGAUCGCGCGUGGAGGGACUAUGAGAGCAGAUUUAAGCAGGUGGAAAAGGAGAAGAGGGAGUUGGCCCGUCAGUAUGGGAUGGUUAGGACCGAGGUGAGCGGAGGGGAGAUCGCAGAGGAGCUGGAGAAGGAGAGACGCUCCUUCCAGUUGAGCAUGUGUGAGUAUCUGAUUAAGGUGAAUGAGAUAAAGACAAAGAGAGGAGUUGACUUGCUGCAGAACCUCAUCAAACACUACCACAGCCACAACAAUUUCCUGCAGGAGUGUGUUUCCACCACUCAGAGGCUGAAGCAGUACAUGGAGGAGCUGCAAGGUGUCCUGUCCACGGUAAAGCAGCGACAUGAGGAGGAGAAGAGACAGCUGUGUGUUCUCAGAGAUCAGCUGAGGCCGGUCGUCCACACUGAACAGGACUCUCUACCUAAGCCAGUGUACAGUAUGCACCAGCUGCUGGGCGACAAACAGUAUGGAACAGAGAGAACAGGACUCCUUUAUAAGAAGAGUGAUGGGUUGAGGAAAAUGUGGCAGAAAAGGAAGUGCACAGUCCACAACUGUUACCUGACCAUUGCACAUGCUACUCCUAACAAACCUCCCACCAGACUAAACCUGCUCACCUGCCAAGUCAAACCCAGUGUGGAGGACAAGAAAUGCUUUGAUCUUAUCUCUCAUAAUCGGACCUACCACUUCUUGGCUGAAGAUGAUGCUGAAUGUGUGGCCUGGAUCUCAGUGCUCAGUAACAGUAAGCAGGAGGCUCUGAGCAUGGCUCUGGAUGGAAGCAGGAGAGGGGGGCGAGUGGGGGAGAGCAGUGUGGAGGAUCUGACCCGGGCCAUCACUGAUGACGUCAGGAGGAUGCCAGGAAACAAUGUCUGCUGUGACUGUGGAGCUCCAGAUCCUGGAUGGCUCUCGACCAACCUGGGUAUCCUGACCUGCAUCGAGUGUUCAGGUAUCCACCGAGAGAUGGGGGUCCAUGUCUCCAGGAUCAAGUCUUUAAGUCUGGACAGUCUGGGGACCUCAGACCUGUUGUUGGCCAGGAAUGUUGGUAACUGUGGUUUUAACGAAAUACUGGAGGCAAAUCUUCUGAGUCCGUCUCUGAAGCCGUCCCAAGACAGUCACAUGGCAGAGCGGAAGGACUACAUCCUGUUGAAAUAUCAGAACGUUCAUUUUGCGAGGCGGAGCCACAGCUCCGCUGCAGCGCUACGUGCCGGCCUGCAGGAGGCGACCAAGAACUGCAACAUCUACAGUCUGAUCCAGCUGUAUGCUCAGAGGACAGACCUGACCCAGCCACUGCACUCACACAUACAGGAGAAGGGGGAGAGUGCGCUCCACCUUGCCGUCCUUUUGGCCGACAGAACUUCACUGCACAUCCUGGAAUUUCUGGCUCUAAACUGUGCCAAUGUUGACGUUCAGACAUCAUCAGGGAACACAGCGCUGCACUACAGCUGUCUGCACAACAAGGUCGACUGUGUGAAGCUGCUGCUGAGAGCCAGAGCCAACACACACAUCAAGAAUGAGUUAGGAGAGACCGCUCUCGACGUAAGCCGCAAGUUAAAGCACAACCACUGUGAGGUGCUGCUGCAGCAGGCCCAAUCCGACCAGUUUGACCACCACGUUCAUGUGGAGUACGAGUGGCGGCUCCGUCACGACGAUCUCUACGAUAGUGAUGAAGAGUAUGAUGACAAGAAUGGCCCAGUGAAGAAGGAGCGCACCUUGUCCUCCUCUUCAUCUUCCUGCACCUCCUUCUCCUUCGCCUCCCGUCCCUUCAGCUUCAGUCAGUCCAUGUCCAUCACUCCGCCCUCCUCUGGGGCAACAGGAGGAGCAGGUCUGCUCAGCGUGGGCAGGAGGCUCGCCAUGGCCAUGGACCUCCACAGUCGCACCUCUGGCUCUGUUCCAAGUCCACCUCCACCUCCUCCGUCUUCCCCUGCACCCCCGCUGCCACCCAGGGUCAAAGCUCCCAAUGUUCCUCCUCCUCCCCCUCCUGCUGGGGGGGAGGGGCUGGGUGGGGAGGAGGAGGAAGUAGGGGAGGUCUUCUUCCCCCUGACAGGAAACAGAAAGUCAACCCCUGCUCCUCCAAAUGUCAUCCAACACAAGAGGAGCUGCUCCGAGUCCAGCUCACAUGAUUACGGGUUGCCAACCAGCCCCAGGAUCUACAGUGGUCCAGACUCCUCCUUUAAGAAGUGUAUUCCAGGGUCUCCUCUCGGCUCACUGGCUGAACGGCCUCACAGAGGCUUUCGGAGGGCGGACAGUGACGGCAGCUCCUCCCACUUCCUGCAUCCUGCAAGCAAAGCUGCGCCCAAUGGAUCUCCCACCAAUCAUCGCUCACAGAGCUUUGAGAGUGACAACCGAGGCCCCACCCCCCAGCCGCUACCUCGCAGAUCAGUGCCUCGAGGCUCAACAAGUUGGCGCGUUCAGGCGUUGUACGACUGCCAAGCCGACCACCACGAUGAGCUGAGCUUCAGCGAGGGACAGGUGCUGGUGGUGCUGGGACAGGAGGACAGUGAUUGGUGGCAUGGUUACAUCGAGGAUGAACCAGACCAGAGAGGUUUGUUCCCGUCUUCCUUCGUCCAGUUGCUCUCAGCCUGACAUAAAACUGGACCAGUGCAGGACAAAACCAGGCCCAGGACCAGCACUGAUAAAAACCACAGCAAUGUCAGGAAAACUGAACCAAACCAGAACCACACUGGAUCCUCGGUUAGCAGCAGAAGCCAAACCCAACAUCUUCAAUGGAACAGGUCAGCAAUCUGGUCCAGAGAAGCUCCAGCAUCUUGUGAGUCACAUGACCGCAGUCCAGCCACCGCUGUCAGCCGAGUUGUAGCGACUUAGUCUUUCACUAACACUGGAAAAGUUAGGACACGUGCUCCAGUUAAAAUACUUGACCAGACUGUGUGUGGCUUUGGUCAUGAGGUAACAUUACCAUGGAGAUGGCCUUGCACUGUCUGACCGGGCAUGAUUAAAGGUGAAGUUGACUUUAUUUAUUUAAACUGAAAGCUAAUAUUUAAUGAAGCACAGAGAUAAGAGCAGGAUAAAACAAUCCACAACACUCAUCUGAACAUUUUCACUGUUAAUUUAACUAUUUAAAAGCUAAAAAACAAGAACAAGAACAAGAGUUCACACAGCUUCACAUGACUGCGUUUCUCAGUAUGGCGGUGUUUUUGUUUUUCGCGUUGCCCUUCGACAUUCCUGCGCUGCACACACAGUAUUUUACGUCAUGACUGAUGGAGGCCGUAGCAACCUACUAGAAAAGUGAGAGACGGCUGCAAACAGUUGGACUCUGGCUGAAAACACCAAGAAGCACAAACAUAAAGUCUGAUCGCCGGAUAUUUAAAAUGUGUGCGCCACAGACAUGUCGUGAGGAAAAUCAAACACUACACAAAACUGCCCGACGAUGUGCCUGCAUUUUCCGAUCACAGCUGCUGCUGUUCCUGCACCACACAGCUCCAAGUUUCCUGGAUGCAGUUUGGAUGAGUAACACUACAUUAAAAGGCAUACACACACACACAUACAUAUAUAUAUAUAUACACAUAUACAUAUAUAUAUAUAUAUAUGUACACCAUCCAACAAACUGAAUCUGAUGUCCUGUACAGCAGAAGACCAAGAGCUCCCCUUCGCUCCUCCUCCUCCUCCUCACUCUCACACGUACAGUACAUAGAGAGAGAGGUAAUUACCUGGAAUCCUCAGGACUCAGUAGCAAGUUGAUGCCAUCAUUUCUGGCUUCUACUCUUUGAGUGGCAGGACCUGAUGAGUCCUUUAAUGGACCAGAUCUGAUGAGUGACACCAACAAUCAAAGGAGUUAAAAAAAUGGCAAAAACAAACAGGUCGCCUCUAAAUUCAGGUCUUUGUUAAUGUGUGAUCAUGGAUUUGACCUGAACACUGAGUGUGAGACACAUCUGUUCCUUCCAGCUGCCUUUACUGUCCUGAGAUAACACAACACCUCAGUAAGUACCAUCAUGCAUUACUGCCAUUACUAGACAAAUGCAAGUGAAGUUUCUUGUUAAAAGACAGGACAGUCCCACCAGGACCUGUACAGACCACACUCCUUCCUUCCACUGCCUUCUGUACGUCCGUGCAAUCUCUCAUUCAGCCUUUCUUUCAUAUGCUUUUUAGGCACAGAAAAACGACAGCUGCCAUGUUUUAAAAGAAGAAAACUGAAGCACAUUUAAUGUCAUCCUCACUUCUUUCUUGACCACAUCCAUUAAAACAUCCUCACCAUGCUGCAUUUUAAAAAAACAACGCAUCCCAUUGACUCGCUCUUAACUGUCAUUUUCUGCUAUGACAUGAACAUCUAGGGCUGAUGGGAAAUGCUUUUUGUCAAAUGCAGCUUAAAAAAACCAACUAAAAUCAUUGAUAUUAGAUAGUUUAUAUAAACCCUUGGAACCGUCUGGAUUCUCACGUGGUUUCAUUUAAUUUUUAUUGGUACAAACUAAAUAAUCAUGACUCAAGAAACUUAAAACACGUUAGCGAUUCUUUAUCAUAAAAACACGGAGUAGCAAUAAAAACCCAUUUUGCGUUACUAUGGUUAAGUUUGGUGAAAAUAUAAAACAUGGGAAAAUUACAUUGAAUUAAAUAA